AUGGCCCCCUUGUGCGAUCAAGGGAAAUACAUAACGAAGGGAGAAAUCCUAAUGUUGCAAAGAAACAUGGAAAAUGUAAUAACGUACAAAAGAAAGCCAGCCCAUUCUCUGAUUCCGAAUUCUCGAAUCUCUAUCCCUCACCAAAAGGGUCGUCCGUCAGGCCAUUGUUUUGGAAUUGUAACUGAAAUCGCGACAGGAAGAGAAGAGAAGAAAGUAGAAAUCGAGAGAGGAGAAGAAAUUGAAAUCAGAAAUCGCCGGCACGGUGGCACUGGAAGCGAGCAAGAAUUAAACAAAAUUUUAUUGUCGAAAAUUGAGGUUCCUUUCUUGUGUGGAAGAGCUACAACAGAUUGCUCUAAAAGGAGGCGGCUUUUCACUUGUAGUGCUCUCCAAGGUUUUAAUAGUCAAACAAAUGGGCCAAGAUUGGGCAUCACAGAGCCAAUAUCUUUGGGGGGGCCAAGCGAGUAUGAUGUAACAAAGACCAAUGAGCUUGAAAAGUUCUUGGCUGAUGCUGGACUGUAUGAGAGUCAGGAAGAGGCCAUAAGCAGGGAAGAGGUUUUGGGACGGCUGGAUCAGAUUGUGAAAAUCUGGGUGAAAAAAGUUAGCCGGGCCAGGGGGUUAAAUGAACAGCUGGUACAGGAAGCUAAUGCCAAAAUUUUCACCUUUGGGUCCUACCGUCUUGGGGUGCAUGGUCCUGGUGCUGAUAUCGAUACACUCUGUGUUGGACCCAGACAUGCAUCACGGGAUGAAGAUUUCUUUGGUGAGCUUAAAAGAAUGCUCUCAGAUAUGCCUGAUGUCACAGAAUUGCAUCCUGUACCUGAGGCUCAUGUUCCUGUGAUGAAAUUCAAGUUGAAUGGUGUUUCCAUUGAUCUUCUCUAUGCAAAACUUUCACUUUGGGUCAUACCUGAAGAUUUGGAUAUCUCUCAAGACUCAAUACUGCAAAAUGCAGAUGAACAGACGGUUCGGAGUCUUAAUGGAUGCAGAGUUACUGACCAGAUCCUGCGCUUAGUGCCUAAUAUUCAGAGUUUUCGCACAACAUUAAGAUGCAUGAGGUUUUGGGCCAAGCGAAGGGGCGUUUAUUCAAAUGUUGCAGGAUUCCUAGGUGGCAUAAACUGGGCUUUGCUGGUUGCACGGAUCUGCCAGCUGUACCCUAACGCCCUACCGAAUAUGCUGGUUUCUCGGUUCUUCAGGGUGUACACUCAAUGGCGAUGGCCAAAUCCAGUAAUGCUUUGUGCUAUUGAAGAAGGAUCACUUGGAUUGCAGAUUUGGGAUCCUAGAAGAAACCACAAAGACAAAUACCACUUGAUGCCAAUCAUCACUCCAGCUUAUCCUAGCAUGAACUCUAGCUACAAUGUGUCUUCAAGCACUUUACGUAUAAUGACGGAAGAAUUUAAAAGAGGCCACGAUAUUUGUGAGGCAAUGGAGUUGAACAAUGGUGGUUGGGUUGAGCUUUUUGAACCGUAUCGUUUCUUUGAAGCAUACAGGAAUUAUCUCCAGAUAGAUAUAGGUGCGGAUAAUGAUGAGGAUAUGAGGAACUGGAAAGGCUGGGUGGAAUCUCGCGUGCGCUACCUCAUACUAAAGAUUGAGAGGGACACGUUCAAAAUGCUGCAGUGCCACCCACAUCCAGGGGACUUCUCAGACGGGUCAAAUCCUUACCACUGCAGUUACUUUUUAGGUCUUCAAAGGAAAGAAGGCGUUCCUGUGAAUGAAGCCAAGAAGUUUGAUAUUCGGUUGACAGUCGAUGAAUUUAAAGCAAAUGUUGGUUCAUAUUCAUCUUGGAAGCCCGGAAUGGAGAUAAAUGUAACACAUAUAAAGCGUCGCGACAUUCCCGCUUUUGUUUUUCCUGGUGGUGUUCGUCCUGCCAGACCCCCUGCUGCAACUGCAAGACGCCCUCCUACUACUUCAGAAACACCUACUACCAACACCAACACCACCACCAGUAGUGGUAUUGGUGUUGGUGUUGGUAUGAUUGAUAGGGAAGAUGAUGCAAGGAAACGGAAGCGAGAGGAUGAUGACAUGGAAGCUUCUACCAAGUUGCUCAUAGAUGAAGGCAACGGAUUUACUACUGCUAUUAUUGGUAUUGGUGGUCCAUCAAAUGCUACUGAUACUAAUCAAGUAGUCGGGACAUCUGUGUUGACCUCUAAAGAAGCAGAGGCCGAGAAGAUUGCGAUUGAGAAGUUGAUGUCUGAUCCGUAUCAGACUUCCCCACAACUUGAGGAGUUAGAGGAGCUUGAUGAUAAUUGUCACAUGGAGAUGGAGUCUUCAACUUCAACCAAUAAGGAAUUCGCUAUCAGCAAUGCAACAGGCGCCUCUUCCAGUUUGCAGUUGAAUGGGAGUUUAGAAGAGCUUGAGGCCCCUGAACUUGUUGUGCCCUUGCCGACUGCAUCUCAUGCUACACCUGCUUCACAGAAAAAGCCAAUUAUCAGGUUCAGUUUUACCUCGUUGGCCAAGGCUACUGGCAACAGCACUUGAAACUUUUACUGUCUUCCUUUCCUUUGAUGAUGAUAUCAUGUAAUCUCCCACCCAUAAACUAUAUCUACUUUUUAUCUUCUGUUUGUUGUAUAGUGGUGACUGGUAAAAUGUUGAGAUCAAGUAACGAAUGUUUCUGUCAUUUGGAUUCCCGUGUUCAUGUUUAAUAACAACCUCAAGUAUGAGAUUAUAUAUAUAUU